AUGUCAGGCUCCAAGGCCCUUCCUGAAGACAAGCAAGAGAGGCAUCCCCACAAGAAGCGAACAUUGUUCACGCAGAAACAGCUGGAAGAUCUGACCCUGAUUUUCAACAGGAACCCGUACCCAGACCCCAACCUGAGGAGACAAAUGGCCUCGAAAAUGAACUUAGACCCAUCGGUCCUGCAGGUUUGGUUCAAGAACCACAGAGCAAAACUCAAGAAACAAAAACUGCACGUCCAGCAAAAGCAGGAGGCCCCCCAGCGGGAGUCUGCGGAGCCCCAAGCCCCCCAGCGGGAGUCUGCGGAGCCCCAAGCCAAGGCCGGGCCCACCUGGAGCAGGGCAGUCGCAGCCCCUAGAGAGCCGGAGCUGGGUCCCUGCCUCGCGGCCCCAGUCUACACCAACCGCCAGACCCCCUCCUUCCAGCUCAGCAUAUGCCCCCCUUUCAAGAUCCACACAGUCCACGCCGGGAGCCACAAAAUGAUCCACUUUGGCUGCUGCCGGGACCCCACCGUGUACUUCCUCCAGCAGAUUUCAGAACCCCCUCCGUGCACCCCAGGCUGCACGGUGGCUCACCACCACUCCUCCGUGCCCCACCACCACUCCUCCCCCACCACCACUCCUCCGUGCCCCACCACCACUCCUCCGUGCCCAGCAGGGAGGCCACGUGACCAUGGGGAGCUCUGGGAAGCGGGUGCUGCCCACCGAGAGGAACAAAGACGGGCAUAG